CAGCUUCAGGGCCAUGAAACACCCGCAGAUUUCAAACUGUAGUUCUAUUUACAUUUUCUGAGUUAGUGAACUCCUAUUAUUUCGUCUUUGUAGAAAGUGAGCAAGUAAAGCAAGCUAUUUGCUAUCUUAUAUCCACACUUAACAAAUUGGAAUAUCUGAUCCCAAGCUGUUGAUUUUAAGUUUUUUUCGGAUUAAUAUGUCUUAUCAGUCAAACGCAGCGAUAUCACAUGAUAUUACAAAUGGAGAGAAUGGAUUGGAUAAAAGAAAACUUUUUGAUCUAACGCCCUCUUUUGGAGACAUUGACGAUGUCUACCUAUCCUCUGCAAAUUUCAGUGAUCUGGAUAGUAAUUCAUCUAUGUCGAUGGUUAUGUCGGAACGAGUCCAACGCAUAGCAUCUGGAAUUUAUCGAGAGUUUGAAACGAUGAUUGAAGCUUAUGGAUUACCAGUUGUGGAACGGUUAAUGCCAUUAAUAAUUGGUCUAUUGGAAAACUUGGAUGAAUUGUAUAAAGAUCAAGCUGCAUACCACGCUGAAGUGGGACAACUAAGAGAAGAAAAUGUACAUAUCUGUGAUCAACUCGCUGCUGAGAAGGCUGCUCGAAAACAGGCUGAACUACGUCUACUACAAACUGAAGAUACCUUUGAUGAAGAAAGGAAAGCAAAUGAUGCCAAAAAUGAAGCCUUAUCUUCUUCUUGUCGACAGAUUGAAUUAAAGCUACAAUUGGCUAAAGAUCAAGUUUCACGCUUAGAAGCUAAAGAACAAGAAUGGAAAAAGGAGGAGAAUCGACUACAUGAACGCUUAAAUGAAUUAAUACGUUCUAAUGUUGAGUUGACAGAACAAAUCAAAUUUGUUAAUCAACAGAAUAAUGCCAUGAUUAGUGCUGGUAAUGGUGCUGGUGUUGGUGCUGUUGUUUCUACGCCUAACACUCAUAGUAAAAAUGCUAUGCAUAGAUUAUCGAUCACUUCUUCUCCGCAUCAUUUAAUCGGUUCGAGAGAGACGUCCAUACAUUCACAGUCACCGGAUACUGGCUAUGAUGCAACUAGUAGUGGUUUUGGCUUCGAUGAAAUGCCAAGCACUGCAGAGGCAGAAGUUUGUCCCAAUGCUGAGGAUGAUUUACCCGGACAAACUAAUAACACUAAAGAAGAUUAUCCUACAAGUAAUUCAGAAACUGAAACAAGUGAAUUUGCUAGUAUGCGUAAAGAGAUCGAUGUACUGAUUAAAGAGAAUAUGGAUCUUGUGGAAACGAAGAAUGCGCUGAAUGUUGUGAAGGAUGAUUUACUGUCUAAGAUUGAUUAUUUAACUUCAGAAAAUUUAUCACUGCGUGAAUCAGUUGAUAUGCUAACACAUGCACGUGCCAGUCUACAAGGUGAAUUGACAAAUACGGAUCAAAUGUUAAGUGAUGCUCGUUCAGAAAUUACUCAGUUAACUGAAAAGUUAUCAACGUAUUAUCAAGAGAAUAAAAAUGAAGAGUCAAGUAAUCCAUCUCAACGGAAACGUUUUACCCGUUCAGAAAUGGCACGUAUCUUAGCUGAACGUAAUCAUUACAAAGAACGUCUACUAGAAUUACAAGAUGCUGUACGCUUCACAGAGACACUACGUGUUGGUCAAAAAGGUCAUCCAGAUUUAUUAUCGAAGAUUAUGACAACACCAUCACAACAACAGAAAUGUGAUACAGUUACACCAGUCAGUGGACCAUUACAAAGUUUACAAAAAUUUUUCUCUGCAUUUACUUCUGGUCAACGUUCUGAAGUUGUAAGUGGAUCUAUGCAAAGUACUGAAGGUGGAUCAUCAAUUCUAGGUGCUGACGUCUCCUUAUCAUGGAUAACUCUAUCAGCUAAGGGUACACAUUCUCCAAUAUAUGGUUGGGCUUCUGGAAAGUCUACACAGAUUCCGGUGACCACUGAACAAAGCACUGAUGAUGAGAAAUCUUGCGAUGAGAAGAAAAAGAAUGCGGAUAGUGAUAAUGCUGAUACUGAUGUACAACAACAUUUCAGUGUACCAAUUCCAGUUCAGUGUAGAACAAUCGGUGGUUUACAUCGUAAACACUUGGAGAUAUGUUCAGCUCUUACUGUACCAAUUGUAUCCUUGGAUGGUGAUACGAAAACGAAGUUUCAUUUAUGGUUAAUUGGUCGUGGUGGGCCAGCUGAUUCACAUUUAAGUGAUUCAUCUCCACCGACAUCAUUGAAUCGUGGUUAUUUAGGUCAAGUGCAUAUUUUUGAACCAACAAAAUUUACACAACCUGUGUAUAGUUUCGAUUUAGAUAAUGGUUUUUUGCCUACAACUGCUGUUUAUGUGAAAUAUGCUAAAGAGUCGGCAACUUCUUCAUCUCAACAAAUGUCGCCUACGUCGAGUGAUGCAAAAAUUGAAUUCACAUGGGAGUUGACAGAUUCGAUUCUUUAUGCUGAUAAUGCUGAUGCUAAUGAGAAAAUAAAAAAUGAUUCUAAAAGUGGUUGUGUAAUUUUAGCUUCAAAUGACGGUAGAUUCUUAGUCUUUCAACUGUGCUACGAAUUCAAAUCUGAUUGUCAGUCUAGUGCUGUUGCUGGUGAUGUUCAUACGCAUACUUGUGGCAUUCAGGAGGAUCAAGAAGUCUCAACUAAGUGUAGUAUUCGUCUACCACACAUUUUAUAUAAAUUUAAUACAAAUAGUCAAGGCCUUGUAGCUAAUGGAAUGAUUUCAUGUGAUAAUUAUGUAUGCAUUGGUCUGUUCAAUUCACUUGGUACCAGCCAAUUUGUAUGCUUCCAAUGGCCAGUAUUCACUGAAAUUGUGUCUAAAGAUUCUUCAACUCCUGCAAGCCUAAAAACUAUGCAUAAACUAAUCAGUUUACCCUAUGAAUCAUUAUCUACAGGUCCUUUGAUUAUGACAUCAAGCAGUUGUAAUGAUGACUGGAGGAAUAACGUGAUGGGAGAAGGUGAGAGUGCACCAAACGAUCAUAUAUGGCUUGGCACAGCUGGUGGUGGUUAUUGUUAUUGUUUGUCAGUGAAAUCUGGUGAUGUUAUUACAAGUUUAGCCUUACCCAAUGAAACACCAUGUCUCCAUGCAAUUUGUAUUAAAUCCUCCACAUGUAAAUCAUCUGAAUUGAUUUGGUUAGCUGUGUCUGGUAAUCCAACAAUUUGUACACCAUCAAAGACAAGUGUAACAAGUACAGUGAAAACGGACAACGUCUCUGGUGAUGAUAAUGACAGUAACAAUAAUAAUAAUAACAAUAAUAAUAAUGAUAGUGAUAAUUCUAGUAAUAAAAAUAAAAUGAAUAAUAUCAGCGGUGGAAUGGCACGUCUUCUAGCUUGUUGUCCUAAACAAAAGUGUAUUCUACGUCAAAUUGAUUUAACCGCUGCUUUGUCUUCUAUGAUAGAUAUAGAAGGUGUUACAGAUCCAAUAGACUUAACAAUAUGUCGUUUAUUGAUUGUUCCAAUGACUGUUGAUCGUGAGAUAUGGUUUGCUACUCGUUCUGGGCUUAUCGCUCGUUUACGCCUGGAUUACACAGAAAUGAAUACUUCUCAGCAUGAAAUUGAACUACCAAAGUCUUCUUCGAUAUCAAUCAGUUGUCAUGGUUACAGACGUCCUGGAUGCAAUCUACUUCUAUUACUCCAAGCUUCUCAAACGAACGAUAGCGAAUUGGAUCAUUUAAUUGUAUCCGUUGGACAUGAUUACGUCGAUCUAAGACAGAUUCUAUCAGUGCAUAAGAAGAGUAGUGAUACUGAUCGAGCUUCCAAUAGGACUCAUUAUAUUAAUCGAUCACGACAAAUGGGUUCCGGUGCUCAUGCUAUUGUCUGGAGACUUACAGAAGGGUGUAGUUAAUUUCAAUAGUGUGUGAAGUGCUAAACUGCAUAUGUGCAUGCAUACAUGCCUAAUAUGAAUUAUCGCCAUCAUCAUUAUCAUCAUUAAUCACAUCGUAUACUAACUACUUUAAAUGACUCAUAAAGUAGUAGUAGUAGUAGUAGUAGCUUAAUUUGAUUUUUUUUCUUUUUGUUGUUCAUUUCACCUUCUUGCUAACAUACGUCUGUGUGUGUGUGUGUAUGUGACAGUCAUUCUAGAGAUUUUCUGCACUGAUUUCAACGUCCUCAACGUCUGUCUUCUACUAACUUUAUUUAAUGACACAUAGCUAUACAUAUACUUAUAUAUAUGUACUUGAAAAGUGUUCAAAGACUCUAGAUUCCUUUCAUUGGCUGGCUGUAUCCCAGGUAUGUCAGUAGGAGGAGGUAGUAAUGACUACCUGGGGCGGGUGGUUGCUAGGAAGAAGACGAACAAGGGUACCUUUCAAUCGAUCAUGUAACCAAAUGCAAAAUUAUGAAUCAUGAAUAACUUACUUGAGAGUGUUGUGUAUGUGUAUGUAUGCGUGUGUGUGUAUUUUUUGAGCGUUCCUUUCUGGCCCCCCACCCCGACCCACGACACCAUUCACCUCUCUUUCUAUUCAUUAUUGUGCAAUAUACAGAAAUCAAUAAAUAUGCUUUGUUUUCAUGCCUUUAUGCUAUCCUGUUACUUGGCAUUUAUUUACUUAUUUAUUUAUUUAUUGAUCAUGCUAUUUUGUUUGUUUUUGAUCUUGAUUUGUGAUCUUUUUUCAACAGCCACUGUGAUUUGUGGUUUUUUGAGUUUUUUUUCUACCUUUUUAAACCGUUUCAUUCGGCUUGUGCAUUUCAUUCUAUUGUUGGUGUAUGUAUGUAUGUGUGUGUGUGUGUGUGUGUGCGGAAAGGCAUCGCCUCAAAUUUGAUCUACAUUUCACUAUCAUACAUACGGUAUAUGAUAACUGUACUCUAUACAUUAAACACUACACACCGCACGACAUCAGAUUACUUUAAAUAUGUGUUUUUUUCCUUUUUCUGUUCUUCUUUCAGUUUGCCUGUCGUCUCUGUUGUUGUUGUCGUCAUUGUCGUCUAUUCUGCUUAUAAUCGCAUCAUUCAGUUCAACCUGUACCUGUCAUUUACGCGUCAAUACAACUGUGAUCUAUAUAUAUACAUAUAAUAUAUACAAAGUGGUAUCAGUUUAUUUCACAUAUAUAUAUUUAUUUGAUUGAGUCAUCAAGAAGACAAAUUUCGCCGCGAUAUGAUAUCGUUUGAUGACUGACCGAAGUCUUUGAGCUGUCAACUGCAUAAUCUGGUCGCCCUUGAAUGAAGCCUGUCUGGUAUUCCACUGAAUCAUCAAUCAAUAGACACAUCGAGAUAGACAAAAUUUAUCAGCCAAUAAGAAAGAAACCUCACACACAAAUGGUUAAAGUUCAGGU